AUGUUCUCCAAGGCCCGUGAGACAAUCCUCCAAACGAAACUCUGGAAGAUCGUCGAUGGUAUGCCCAAGGGCGCGUUGUUGCACGCCCACCUGACUGCCAUGCUCCCUUACGAUGCCUUGCUAGACGUGGUCAUGGAGACAGAAAACAUGGGAUUCUGGGCAUCGCAAAGUCUCAACAGCCCGGAGGCUCGCAAUAACUCCAAGUUUGAGUUCUCCUACCGUGGUAAGGAUUUCAAGAGCGCUGCCAACCCUGCCAACGUUUACGCGGCGGAGUACCAACCUUACAACACAUCCACCAACGAGAAAAUCUACAUGGAUGUCAAGGCUGCAGCCGACCAGUACCCAGACGGUGGUUCCAAAGAAUUCCGCAAGUUUGUCAAGAGCAAGAUGGUGGUCCUGCCAGAGGAGGCCACGCACCACGAGCUCGGCGUUGACGACAUCUGGAAGAAGUUCCAAUCCGCCUUCGAACCUGCGGGUACAAUGCUGACUUACGAGCCCAUCGUGCGCAGGUUCUGGCAGCUUCUGUUCAACAAGCUCGCUGAGAACAGAAUCAGUUGGGUUGAGAUACGCGCUGGAGGUUCCCGCGGAAAGCUUGUGCCCCAGAACCAGGUGAAUGCUACGAAUGAUCCAAGUGUGUGGUGGACGGUCAUGAACGACGAGCUUCAGAAUUUCACCAGCACUCGAACCGAAAACACGACGCAUCCAUUCCAUGGAGCCCGUGUCAUCUGGUCCGACUCGCGAAGCAAGACGCAAGCUAAGCUGAAAGAGAGCAUGACCGAUCUGUUUGCCAUGAAAAAGAAGUUCCCUCUCUUGUUCAGCGGAUACGACGUCGUUGCUCAAGAGGAUCUGGGACGCACCUUGUUGGACAUGGCCCCGGAGCUGCUUUGGUUUCAAGAAGAGGCCAGGAGACAUGAUGUCACACUGCCGUUCUUCUUCCACGCAGGCGAAACCCUUGGAGAUGGAAAUUCGACUGACGACAACCUGUUUGAUGCUCUUCUUCUGGGCACACGGAGAAUCGGCCACGGUUUCUCGUUAUAUAAACAUCCAAUGCUGAUUGAUCAAGCCGUCAAGAAGAACGUCAUGGUCGAGGUGUGCCCCGUCUCGAACGAGGUCCUUCGGCUGGCGACGGAUAUUCUCCACCAUCCUCUCCCGGCCAUGAUUGCGCAUGGCGUCCCCACGGCCAUCAGCAAUGAUGAUCCAGCGAUGCUGGGCCAAGACUCAGCCGGCCUGAGUUUUGAUUUCUACCAAGUCAUACAGGGUUUUGACAAUGUUGGACUUGCUGGACUGGGCGCACUGGCGCAGAACAGUCUCCGAUGGUCCAACUUUGAGGACCAGAAUGACAAGGACUGGGAGCUGGGUAUUACACUUGGUUCCGAUGCACCAAGUGUGAAGGGCGCUCGCAUUCGCGAGUGGAAUGCGCAGUGGAAUAAUUACUGCCAGCAGAUCGUGGAUGAGUACGGGGCGGAAUGGGGUUCAUGA